CACAGCUGAAAUGAGCACCGUCCUGCCCAACCACAGAAGGACCAAGCCUGGAGGCAUAAAGCCUGGGGCCGUAAUCAGCGGUGUGACUGGGCCGACCUCCCAGAUUCCCGGACUGUCCCAGAGUGCUGACGAAAGCACUCCGGCAGAGAGGACCAGCGGACGGCGAGUUGGGAUAUUUGAGUCCGACUCGGACUACGUCAAGCUUGCGAAGCAGGGAGGACACAGGGGCCUGUUGAGUCAUGAUGAUGUUGAAGCUGAUGAUAUACCAAAAAAAACCUACAAUCCAGCCAGCUGGUUUGGAGACAAUGAGUCAAAGAGUGGAAGCAAAGCAACGUCUCCCAACAGCCAGAUGAAGGGGGGCAGCCUGCCUCUGGCUGCACCGUUUGGCACUGAUAACAGUUCGUCCUGGGAAAGGGAGGCUGAUAGCUUUUCCAAUGAUAACGAUAAGGUGAAUGGACCAAACUAGUCACCCCCAACAUGG